CUGACAACCAUACAAGUCACAACGCCAUUGAAUAGCAUGGGAUUAAAUCUUCUUCAGUGUAUAUGUUUUGUGAGGUCAACACUGGUUAUAUGUCAAUUUGAAAAUGCAAUGCAAUAGCAAUACAAAAUUGUGAUUGUGCUUGUGGCGGCGAAGAAACCGGCUUGAACUUUUCAUUUUUAGCAUUUUACUCUGCAAGAACCCUUGAGUCAUUGAUUUUAUUACACUAUAAGAUGUCAGCAUUCCAUACCAUCAAGCAGUUAGAAGAGCGAAACGUUCCAAAUGAAAUUAAUUUCAUGGUUUGGAGCGAUAAGAUGGAUCUCGUUGCAUUUUCUAACAUAAAAGGCGAGGUAGCGCUCCACAGGCUAACCUGGUCACGAGCUUGGUCCUUAAGUCCCCCUAAAGAUGGACUGACAGUCAACUGUAUGGGUUGGAGGCCCGAUGGAAAAGUUUUAGCUAUAGCAUAUAGCUGUGGAAGAAUACAGUUAGUGGGUGUUGAAAAUAAAAAGAUUUUGAAUAUACAAGAUAUAAAAGCCAAUAUCACAUGCCUUACUUGGGUACAAGAGAAAUUAGAACCUCCCCCUAAGGACAACUUCAAUUUCAAGGACGGUAAACCAAAUAAUUAUAUGAAGCACAUUGAUAUGUCCAGACUGUAUCUGCGUGAUCCUACUUUGUCAUCCGUAUUGAACAGCAGUCAGUCAGAAGAUCAGAAAGAAGCUUAUUUUCUUCAAGAACAAACUGAACUGAAUUUGCUGCUGAUAGGUGAGUAAUAGAAAACUAGACAAAAUAUCCAGUUUACAAAAUAUUGUGUAUAGUCUUAAGUGCCGGCGACAUAAAAACCUAGAGCAUCUGUUAGAUAGGCGGCCAAAUAAGUGCAUUUUCCAGGGGAUAGCGAACGGCGCCUGCAUUUUUGUAAGUGGUACACACGAACGUGUGAAGAUUUUAAUUUCCGGUCAAACCUAUAGGGUCACUAUAGUCAACGCCAAACAAAGUGGCGUGCACGUCAUCAAGGUGGGUGUGUUGAAAAAUUUACAUUGUU